CCGCGUAUUGCCAAGCUCAGAAUGAUGAAGCCUAGUCAGUUGAGGUUCCGUGGUUGGUGGGCUGAGGGUGAGACACACUCAUCCAGAGAUCCAGGCUCACAGGAAAUCUUGGGAUGGUUAAGCAGAUUCCCGAUGGUGACGAUCGCUACACAGUACGGUGGCUCUUUGGUCCACCGUGUAUCAGAUAGGUUGAUUUAAGUGAUACGAUCCAGCUUGACCCGGU